AUGAAGUACAAGAUAGCUUCUUUGUUGUUCAUCACUCUCUUCCAUGUUCAAGCUUUUUCACAAUCGUUACCAUCUCUUGAAGAUCCAGCUUGCACGUUGGAUUUCAGUUCAUAUCCUUACCUACCGAUUGGCGGAUGCAGCAGGGUCGAGGAAAAGGUCAAUGAUUGGAAUGGUUUCCCGAAAACCAGUUGCUGCCAAAAUGUCUUCACCGUGUUUUCAUACGCAUUAGCGCUGCACUCACAUAAUGAUUCAUCUGGAAAUAUCUUCAUCCCGGAAGAUCAGUGGAAAAACUGUAACCAGCCCUUUAAGCUUCAGCAUGGUGUUUCUGCUGAAACCUGUGGCUUUGACAAUUUCUUCUAUGGAAAUGGAAAAUGCUCUCAACUUCAAUUGCCACAGUUGAUCACAGAUAAACUAGAUGUCAUAAGCCAAUGUUCUCUAUUCAAUUCUUCAUUCGAUGAUGCCUGUGGAAAUUGCACCACUGCAUUAUUAAAGGCGAGAGAUGGGUUAUCAGCUAAAGGAAACAAAACUGACAAAGCUACCUGUCUUUUGGCUCUUAUUGUCUCAAUAAUAGCUAAGAACAUGAAUAAUACUUCUAUCAUAAGUGAUUUCAACAGGUGCUUGCCUGCCUUGGCUGCUCCAGAGCCUGUGAAUUACAUUAAACUCAACUAUGCUUUGGCAGAAGCAAUUUUAUCAAUUGUUCUAGUGAUCAUUGGGUUCACAUUGGUUAUUAUGCUGAUCAAAUACGUAACAAAGAAUGGAAAUCGGAAGAAAAAAUCUAUUAGGAUCACAGAGAUUGCUCCCGCUUUUUCUGGCCUCUACAGAUUCUCCAAAGCUGAGAUUCACAACGCACUUAAUUAUGGCGGUGAAAAGAAGUGCCUUGGAAGAGGAAGUGCAGGACGGGUUUACAAAGGCAUGCUACCCAGUGGACAACUCGUGGCAAUUAAACAAAUAUCUAAGGGUAAUAAGAGCAACACUUCAGAUUCUUUCUACCGGGAAAUUGAAGGUCUCUCAAGAGUCAGGCAUCCAAACCUUGUCUGCCUGUUUGGUUGCUGCAUCGAAGAUGGGGAACAGUACUUAGUCUAUGAAUAUUGUUCAGCCGGAAAUCUAGCUCAAAAUGUUCUAAGGAAAGACACUGUCCUAACAUGGGAUAGAAGGGUCAAGAUCCUAAGGGACUGCGCAUUUGCUCUCAAAUAUCUUCAUAAUCAUAUUGAUGGUUGCAUUGUUCACAGAGAUAUCAAGCUGACUAAUAUUCUUCUGACUGCAAAUUUUGAUCCUAAGCUGUCUGAUUUUGGUUUAGCAAAGAUGCUGGGAAUGGAUGAGACCAAAGUAUUUACAGAUGUUCGGGGAACCAUCGGUUAUAUGGACCCCGAAUACAUGAGCAAUGCCAAAUUGACUUGUGCUAGUGAUAUCUACAGUUUUGGCAUUGUUAUUCUGCAACUUUUAUCAGGACAAAGAGUAAUUGAACUCGAUUUGGAGGCAAGAGACCAACUCACAACAAAGGCAAAGGACGUGAACAUGGGGAAACGUCCAUUGACAGAUUUCCAGGAACCUAGGAUGAAAGGGAGUGUGAAUACCGUUGAUUUUGAAUCCAUACUGCAAAUUGCAGUACUUUGUGUAGCAAGUUCGAGCAGAGGUCGUCCAACAAUAGAUUUGGUUUUUGAGGAAUUGGAUAAGGCAUGGAGAAACACAAAGGCAGAAAUGAAAGAAAAGGAGAAACACUCAUCGGCCACAACACCAUCCAAAUCACUGGAAUUGAUUCGCGUCUGA